AUGCCGCCCCUUCGGCCGGAUCUCGAUUUCCGCGUCUUCAGCCUUGGCGUCAGGCUGCGCAGCGCUUGCAGCACGGCCAGGCAUGGAUGGGGAUUUGUUCACGUCUACAAGAGCUUGGUGGGCAUGAAAAUCAACAAGCUUUACAACUUCGGCUUGUACGCGGAGGGCUCUCAGGAGCUCAGCAUCUCGAGGUGUCGGGACUGGUGCUACUCGUCGAUGGGUUGCCAGUACUGGCAGUACUCCAAGAACGACGGCUGCUCGGCUGAUGCACCUUCCUUGAGCACGUCGCACGACAAGGACCCCACGAACAUGGUGGACUAUCCGCUGACCUCCAGCAGUGUCACCACCGGCACGCCGGAGGCCGCCAGCGUAAUCGCCGGUGAGUACUUGGUGCAUUACUGCCCGCCGGAGUCGAACCAGGUUGCUUCGUCACCGAGCCCCGCUCCACUCCCUGGGGGCUUCUACCAGGAGACCAAGGAAAACUCUGGGCCUUCUGUGCCGGUGAUGGUCAUUGCCCUCCUCCUCAUUUUGGCUGCCAUAGGCGCCCUGGGCUACUACUGGAUGAACCACAAAAGCAGCCGCAAGGUUUCGUCGCACGCCAGAUUGGCGGAAGAGGAUGACGACGACGAUUACUCGCCGAAGAUGGCAUCUUCCGCUCAGGGGCAGUAUGCGUCCUCCGCUUACCAGCAGCCGCCUUCGCCGCCAAGGCAGCCGGCCUAUGGCGGUUACGGCCAGGGCGGUUACGGCCAGGGCGCGCAGGCGCCCACCAUGAACUUCCAGGGCCAGUCGCCGAUGCCAUUGCUGAACCAGGGCGCGCCCUACGGCUCCGCGAGGGGACAGCCAUACCCAGGUCACAAUGCUCGGCUGAUGUGA